AUGGGUGAUAACAGAAAGAAGAAAAAAUUUUACUUUCGCAAGCGGAGAAAUAAAUAUUUCUUAGAACCCGGCUUCAGAGGAUUCUUUUGCACAUGUAAUUUCAGAGAAAAGGAUUGUGUUAAGGAAAUGUAUAAUUUGUUGAAUGAGUAUGCCGGCAAGUUGUAUCCAGAUGGUGAAGAAGUGAACAGACCUCCGUCUGUGGAGCCUGAAGAGCGAUCAGAAACAGAAUCGGACAAUGAGACUGAUAUUGGAGACAUGCUGAAACGUGAAGUUGACUCUUUAAAACGGGAUUCCCAAAAAGCUUUAAAACACAAACGUUUCCAAGUAGUUGAAACGGGGGCUUCAAAUUGCAUUUUCAUUAAAACUAAUUUGCCCUCGCCAGAAGAACUGACCACAGCCAUAAUAAAAGAUUUGUGUGCAACCAAAGUCCAAAAGACACGGCAUGUCCUCCGUCUACUACCUAUAAUGGCUACAUGUAAAGCCAACUUGCCCGAUAUAAUGGAAAGUGCCGAGAAACUUAUUGACAAAUAUUUUCUCAAGAAACCUUCAACCUUUGCGGUUAUCUUCAACAAAAGGUUCAACAGCAGUGCAUCCAGGGAUUUGAUAAUAAAAGAGUUGGCUGAUCUGAUUGUCCUCAAAAACGGUGAAAACAAAGCAGAUUUAAAAAAUCCCAGUCUUUGUAUAAUCGUUGAGAUAAUUAAAGGUAUUUGUCUGCUGAGUGUUGUUGACAAUUACUAUUUGUUUAAGAAAUACAAUAUAAAUGAAAUAUGUAAAGAGCAGGACGGUAGUAAUGAUACCGAAGCAUCACAGGCGAAGAAGUUUAAAAGUGAUGUCCCUCAAAAUGAGGAACAAAAGACGGAUCAGUGA